CGCCUCCCCUAACUGAGCUUCGUCACCUGACUGAUGUACUGUUCAGAGAAAGCAGCCGAGGUUACCAGGGUCUGCUGGGAGGAGACUUGUUAACUUAGAGCAAAGCCAACUGCAAAAUACAUUUCUCUAGCGUCUCCCCAACACCAGCAGCUCCUGGUUGGGGUGCUGCCAACCCAACGGAGGCCCAUGCAGAACUGGCAAGCAGGGUCUCAGGUGUGAAGGAGAGGGAGUGGGUGUGAUGGUGUGCGCCUGUAGUCCCAGCACUCAAGAGGCUGAGGCAGGAGGAUCGCUGGGAAUUCAAGGCCAGCCUGGGUUACAAAGCAAGAUCUUGUUUCACAAAACAAAACAAAAACCCAAAACAAAACCAAACAAACAGGAAACCAAGACCAAAGAAUAGGAGGAGCCUGGGGGUGGGUGGACAGACAGACCACCCAGACAUGGGUCGGCUGGCCCUCGGGCGUCUCCUGUCUGGACCGGCAACUCUGGCUCCUGACACAGGCGUGACUGUGGCGACGCACCUUUGCCCCCUUCCUGUCCCGAGCCCCAUGGAGACCUCGCAGGUCCUGCAGCGGGAGAAGCUGUUCCAGUCAGGAACCCACACCUACAGGAUCCCCGCACUGCUCUACCUGCCGGGGCAGAGCACCCUGCUGGCCUUCGUGGAACAACGGAGGAGCCAGAAGGAUGAGCAGGCGGACCUGAUCAUCAUGCGCAGGGGAGCCUACGAUGCGGCCACCCACCGGGUCCAGUGGCAAGCGCAGAAGGUAGUGGCCGGAGCCCAGCUGGAAGGCCACCGCUCCAUGAACCCGUGUCCCUUGUACGAAGAGCAGACGGGGACCCUUUUCCUCUUCUUCAUUGCCGUCCUGGGCCAGGUCUCUGAGGGCCACCAGCUCCAGACCGGGGUCAACGUGACAAGGCUGUGCCACACCAUCAGCAAGGACUAUGGGGAGACCUGGAGCCCCGCCAAGGACAUCACGGACGUGGCCAUCGGCCCGGCCCACAGGGAAUGGGCCACAUUUGCCGUGGGCCCGGGGCACUGCCUGCAGCUGCACAACAAUACUCGGACCCUGGUGGUGCCCGCCUAUGCCUACUGCACACAGCCGGCCCCGCUGCCACCUUCCGCCUCGGCCUUCUGCUUCCUCAGCCACGACCAAGGGUGCACGUGGGUGAGGAGCGGCUUUGUGGGCCAGGACACCGUGGAGUGCCAGGUGGCUGAGAUUAGAGUCAAGAAGGACAGGGUAGUGUACCUCAAUGCCAGGAGCCCCCACAGGGCCAGGGUCCAGGCCCAGAGCACCAAUGAUGGGCUGGAUUUCAGUGAGAGCAAGGUGGUGAGGAAGCUCGUGGAGCCUCCCUAUGGCUGCCAGGGGAGCGUGGUCAGUUUCCAGGGCCCCGGGCAGGGCCCAGGCGCCUUCGGCAGAUGGCUGCUGUACACUCACCCCACGGAUCCCCAUCACAGGUCCAACCUGGGUGCCUACCUCAACUCUCAGCCCCUGGACCCUGAGGGCUGGUCGAGGCCAGCCCUGCUGGCCACAGGCAGCUCUGCCUACUCAGACCUGCAGAGUAUGGGGCCUGGCCCCGAUGGCUCCCCCCAGUUCGGCUGCCUGUACGAGGCAAACGAUUAUGCGGAGGUGGUCUUCCUCAUGUUCACCCUGAAGCAGGUCUUCCCGGCCUCUGUCUGGGCCCCGUGACAGCUGCCUGCCAGCCAGUGGCUGCCUUUCUGCUCUGAGGCACUGACAGAGGGGUGGCACACACCUACUUUCCUGUCCCUGUCCUUUGGAAGCCUCCUCCCGGCUCCCUCCAUGGGCGACCUCUUAGCUCUUUAUUGUUCUAGUCCUUCCAGAAGGCUCUGUUUUCAUCUCAGAUCCAGAGAGCUUGGCCUUCGGAGCCCCUGCCAGGGAGGGCGGGACGGCCUGAGCAGCGGCUGUCAGGCUCCAGAGCUCACUCGCCUGAUCCCCAGCCCACGGCUUUUGCAUAGUCCUGAUAAAGCACCGUGUCCAGCCCGUUUCUUUCUGGCCUGUGCUCACAGGGUUCCUGGGGAAAGCUGAGCCUGAGAUGUGAAUUAGCGGACAAGGUCUCACAAAGCAAACCGACAAACACCAAGCCAUUCAAAGGAAGCUGGGGUGCGGGUGGAGCCUGAGGGUGAGCCCAGAAGAGUGAAAUUUCUACCGACAGCCAGGGCAGCAGAUCCUGGAGAAGAUGAAGCAUCUUACCCAAAUUGGGACACUUCUGAGCCUGCAAGGGGUGCUGUUAAUAGUGACACCAGGGCAAUGGGCAUGAACCGGGACUGUCCCGGGCAAGGGGGGUUAGAGAAAGACCCUGAGAACCAUGCCAGGCUUUGUAGUUUAGUUCCUGGAAGAGCCACCUCCCUGUGCAGGCACAGUGGCCGUGAGUCAGGCACAGGACAAGCCCCCUGCCCCUGUGAGCCCAAGUCCCUCUCCUGGACUGCUGGCACUCACAGGGCCCAGAGCUUUGCUUGUCAGGAUUCCUGGGGAAGGACAUUGAUAACACACAGAUCUGACAAGGACUUGUAUCCUGAAUACAAAAGGAGCUCCCGUGAAUCAACAAGAAAAAAACAACCAAUCUGAUAAAAAUAAGCAAAGGCCUGGGCUGGGCUUCACAGGACAUGCCAUCUGGGCUGGUCACGUGGCUGAUUUCAUGUGCACAAUUCCACAAGCUGCAUGCUUCUGAA